AUGCAAACUAUGCCAAGAGAAUUCAAAUCGUUUGGGUCAACGGAACAGUCUUUAUUAUCGAGGGGUCAUGGAGAACCUAGCUUCAGCGAAAUAUACGCUGAGCCAGAGAACUUCUUGGAGAUUGAGGUGCAUAACCCUAAGACUCACAUACCAAAUGGGGUGGAUUCGAAGGGAAUGUUUACAGAUUAUGAAAUAUUAUGCCGUACAAACUUGCCAAGUUUCCAUAAGAGGGUGUCUAAAGUGAGGAGACGAUACUCUGACUUUGAAUUUUUCCGCAAAUGCUUGAUCAAGGAAAUUUCGAUGCUUAAUCAUCCAAAGGUGAUGGUGCCCCAUCUGCCUGGAAAGAUUCUCUUGAGUAAUAGAUUUAGUAACGAAGUCAUUGAAGAGAGAAGACAAGGUUUGAACACUUGGAUGCAAUCGGUAGCGGGGCAUCCCCUAUUGCAGUCUGGCUCUAAGGCCCUAGUGAGGUUUAUCGAAGCUGAAAAAUUUGUCGGUUAA